CUUUUCUUCUUCCUCCUCCUCAAAGUUUUCAUUUUUAAGAAGAGGUUUAGUGUCAGAACUCAGAAAUAAAGAUCUGCAAAUCAGAAAUUUAUUACUAGUAUUUUGUUUUGCUUUAAAGUUUAUUCUCCCUUCCUUCUUCUUCUUCUGUACCUUUCUUUCUAAGAUUAGGGUUUUUGCAUUUCUGCCCUUCAUCAAUGUCUUGGUCUUUUUUUCAGUGUUAAGAAAUGUGAAAGGGAUUUUGAUGUGUGAAGAAGAUUUAGGGGUUUUGUGAGUUGGAAUGUGUGGGUUUUGAAGUGAUUAAAUUAAAGGGUUUGGGUUUUGGUUUAAGAAGAUCUGCUUAUAAAUGAGGUUAAAAACCAUAAUUUCGUCUAGUAGUACAGGUUUUGGUUGAAGAUUGGUUUUUGAGAAGGGGGGGUUUUAGCUGCGGAUGAAGGUUUUGGUGGAAUCAUUAUCUGUAUUCUUCUAUUCUCUUGUGGAUUGGUGGCGGUGAUAAGUAUCCAUUUCACCAGAUUAAACAAGAAAAGAAAGGAAUUAUUAUUUAAGUGUGGAGGGAAAAAUGAGUCUUUUACCAAAUGGGGUUUUCUGAUUAGCAAGUUUUUGGUGUUUGUUAUUUAUCUUGUUGAAAAGGGUUAUACUCAUCAAAUGAGGAUGUCGUCAUCUGGUUUCGGUCAGCAGCAGACACAGGAAGGAGGGGAGAAGAGAUGUCUGAAUUCUGAACUAUGGCAUGCAUGCGCCGGGCCUCUUGUAUCUUUACCUGCUCUUGGAAGCCGUGUGGUUUACUUCCCCCAGGGACAUAGUGAGCAGGUUGCAGCAUCAACCAACAAGGAAAUUGAGUCUCAUAUCCCUAACUACCCAAGUUUACCUCCACAACUGAUCUGCCAGCUUCACAAUGUGACUAUGCAUGCGGACGUGGAGACCGAUGAAGUUUAUGCACAAAUGACCUUGCAACCGUUGAGCACGCAAGAGCAAAAAGACUCAUUUUUACCUGUAGAGUUGGGUUGCCCAAGCAAGCAGCCAACCAAUUAUUUCUGUAAAACAUUGACUGCAAGUGACACGAGCACUCAUGGAGGUUUUUCUGUUCCUCGUCGGGCAGCUGAAAAAGUCUUUCCUCCUUUGGACUUCUCCCAGCAGCCUCCUGCCCAAGAAUUGAUUGCUAGAGACCUUCAUGGCAAUGAAUGGAAAUUCAGGCACAUUUUCCGGGGUCAACCCAAGAGGCAUCUUCUAACCACUGGGUGGAGUGUCUUUGUAAGUGCAAAAAGACUUGUCGCAGGGGAUUCAGUACUUUUUAUCUGGAAUGAAAAAAACCAGUUGCUUCUUGGGAUCCGCCGUGCCAGUCGACCACAAACGGUGAUGCCCUCAUCUGUUUUAUCAAGUGACAGUAUGCACAUUGGUCUUCUUGCUGCGGCAGCUCAUGCGGCUGCGACUAACAGUCGCUUUACUAUAUUUUAUAACCCCAGGGCUAGUCCAACCGAGUUUGUUAUUCCUCUGACCAAGUAUGCCAAAGCAGUAUAUCACACCCGCGUUUCUGUUGGUAUGCGCUUCCGGAUGCUAUUUGAGACGGAGGAAUCCAGUGUUCGUCGGUAUAUGGGCACAAUUACUGGAAUAAGUGACUUAGACCCCACUCGAUGGCCGAAUUCCCAUUGGCGGUCUGUAAAGGUCGGUUGGGAUGAGUCAACUGCAGGGGAGAGGCAACCUAGAGUAUCACUGUGGGAGAUUGAACCUUUAACAACGUUCCCUAUGUAUCCGUCGUCAUUCCCGCUCAGACUUAAGCGUCCUUGGCCGGCAGGUCUACCUAAUCCUCUUGGUGGUAGAGAUGACGACGUGGGACUUAAUUCUCCACUUAUGUGGUACAGAGGAGACACUGGAGACAAGGGAAUGGAAUCUUUGAAUUUCCAAGGGAUUGGUGUGACACCAUGGAUACAGCCAAGACUUGAUGCUUCCCUUUUGGGUCUGCAACCCGACAUGUACCAAGCAAUGGCUGCUGCUGCCCUUCAGGAAAUGAGAACAAUGGAUCCCUCCAAACAGGUUGCGGAAUCUCUUAUGCAAUUCUCACAAUCCCAGAAUGUCCCUGGAUCUGCUUUAAUGCAGAGGCAGAUGUUGCAACCAUCUCAACCACAGCAUAGCUUUGUCCAAGGAAUUCAGGAAAACCAGUUCCAUACUCAGGCUCAGAUGCAAGCCCUACUUCAGCAACAACUACUUCAGAGCCGCUCAUUUAAUGAUCAGCAGCAGCAGCAACUACAGCAACAACAGCAGCAGCAGCAGCAGCAACAACAGCAGCAGCAGCAACAGCAACUUCAGCAGCCACAGCAGCAGCAGCAACAACAGUAUCCUUCCCCACAACAACAAAUCCCUAAUGUUGUGUCUUCCCUGUCUCAUCUAGUCUCCUCUCCUCAAUCUCAGGCAUCUAUGCAGAACAUCCGUUCAGUUAGCCAACAGCCAAAUUAUUCAGGCUUCCCAGCCACAUCUAGUUUAUCUCCCCUACACAGUCUCUUGGGUUCAUUCUCCCAAACCGAAGCAUCGCAACUUCUUAAUAUGCCAAUUUCUAACCCUCUACCCCCUUCUGCUGCUACUUGGUUGCCGAGACAAGCUUCUGCUGACUCUUUGGUCCGUUCUGGAGCGGCAACUCAGUGUGAUUUACCCCAGGUGGAUCAGUUAGGAACACAGCAGGGGAACGCCUUGCACCAUACACUCUCGUUGCCACCAUUCUCUGAUAGAGAUAGUUCUGUGGACCAAGAAGGAAGUACAGAUCCCCAAAACAAUCUUCUGUUUGGAGUUAAUAUAGAUUCGUCGUCUCUCCUUGCGCAUAAUGGGAUGUCAAGCCUCAGAGGAGUUGGUAGUGAGUGUGAAUCGACUAAUGUGCUUUUUGCUUCUGCCAAUUUUCCGAACACGACAAACACAGAUUACCCUCUUAAUCCAGAUAUGACUCCGUCCAGCUGUAUAGAUGAAUCGGAUUUUCUUCCUUCUCCAGAGAAUGGGGAUCAAGGGAACCCCCCGAGAACUUUUGUUAAGGUUCAUAAGUCGGGGUCCUUUGGGAGGUCGUUGGACAUUACUAGGUUCAGCAGCUACUAUGAGUUGCGAAGUGAACUUGCGUCCAUGUUCAGCCUUGAAGGCCAGUUAGAGGACCCCCUGAGAUCAGGCUGGCAGCUUGUAUUUGUUGACCGGGAGAACGAUGUUCUUCUGCUUGGCGAUGACCCGUGGCAGGAAUUUGUAGAUAGUGUUUGGUGUAUCAAGAUACUCUCGCCACAAGAGGUUCACCAGUUGGGCAGACAAGGCCUUGAAGUUCUCAACUUAGCCCAGAACUCGGUCCAGAAGCUAACCAGUGGUAAUUGCGAUGAUCACGUAAGCCGACAGGAUCCUAGAAUUACUGGCAGCGGAAUUACAGCUGUCGGAUCAUUAGACUACUAGAAGGAAAAGAGCUUCCAACAAGAUUUACCCGUAAUGAUAUGUCGGAUACAAGCCUAUUCUCCUUUGUAUUAGUUAGGAUUUCGUCCCAAACCCACUCUGCAGAAUGGCAGGAGUAUGAAGUAAGUCUUGCUUAAUGCUUUUAUAUAUAAGCUAUAUUUACUGUAAUUAUGAUAUCCGAGAACCACUGUUGACAUCUGUAUACAAAUGACAUAUCUUUUUAGGACUAUGUUUGUACCCGCUCAACCUAUUUAAUGUUUAGUUUUAUAUAUUAUAUCCUAUCUUAUAUCU